AUGAGCCCCCCAUUGCUGGGGGAAGCCGAGGAGGCAAUGGCUAGGGUAGGGUUCUACCUGGGGGUCCUGGCCUGCCUUGGCCCUGAGGACCGUCUGCCCACCCCCACCUUGACCCACAGGCCUCUCCCGGGCUGCCUGCCCACUCUAGCCAGCUCCCAGGUGAAGAGGCUCUCGGCUUCCAGGCGGAAACAGCACUUCAUCAACCAGGCUGUGCGGAACUCAGACCUCGUGCCCAAGGCCAAGGGGCGGAAGAGCCUCCAGCGCCUGGAGAACACCCAGUACCUCCUGACCCUGCUGGAGACAAACGGGGGCCCACCAGGUCUGGAGGAUGGGGACUUGGCACCCCCCGCUGUGCCAGGCAUCUUUGCAGAGGCUUGCAACAACGCCACCUACGUGGAGGUCUGGAACGACUUUAUGAACCGCUCUGGGGAGGAGCAGGAGCGGGUGCUCCGCUACCUGGAGGAGGAAGGCAAGAGCAAGGCACGGAGGAGAGGGCCCGGCCGCGGGGAAGACCGGCGGAGAGAGGACCCGGCCUACACGCCCUACACGCCCCGCGAGUGCUUUCUGCGCAUCAGCCGGCGUCUGCGGGCCGUCCUCAAGCGCAGCCGCAUCCCCAUGGGAACACUGGAGACCUGGGAGGAGCGGCUGCUGAGGUUCUUCUCCGUGUCCCCCCAGGCCGUGUACACGGCCAUGCUGGACAACAGCUUCGAGAGGCUUCUGCUUCACGCUGUCUGCCAAUACAUGGACCUCAUCUCGGCCAGUGCCGACCUGGAGGGCAGGCGGCAGAUGAAAGUCAGCAACCGGCACCUGGACUUCCUGCCCCCGGGGCUGCUCCUGUCCGCCUACCUGGAGCAGCACAGCUGAGGGCGGGGCGCUGCCCCCCUGCCCCUCACCCGGUGCCAACCUCUGAUACCUUUGUCUAAAGUAUCUUUCAUGUUUUUAGAGUUUGCCCUUGGAAACCAACUCUUGCCCUAGGGGUGGUCUCUCCCACCCAUGCCCCCUCCUCGCCCAGCUCUCGAGGGCAAAUGCUGGCGGCUGCAGCUGCCCAGACCAUCCUGUCCCCCGUAGCUCCCUGUGCUGGGACUUGUAUUUGGGUGGGGAGACCUGGGCACGUCACGUUUUCUUCUUUGUUUACCUUUUUGGCCCAGUCUGAAGCUCAAGCAGGAGGGAGAGGCUGGGUUUUUAUCACUUUUAAUGAAUUUGCCAUGAUUUGUUGUAGAUUUUUAAAUUUCCCUUUUGGAGAAAAAACCAAAACCUCACCCCCAGCUGGUACAUCCUCGGGCUUUGUCCCAGCCCUGGCUCCUCCCCACCCCAGUUUUUAUCUUGGUUGGGGAGUCCCUGGGACCCUGCCCCUCGCCCCAGGAGUGUCUUGUGUUGUGUGUUGUGUGUGCGUGUGCGCGUGUGUGCAUGUGUGUGCCCCGCGACCCAGGACAGAAGCUGCAUCUUAAGGGCUGGUUUUAUCUGUUCUGUUCUGUGUGUCCACCCCCGUCCCCCGCCUUUGGCAGCUCUCGGGGCCACCUGCUGCACGCAUUCUCCCGCGCUACUUUUCUCCCCUCCCCUUGUACUGGGGGUCCAGGACUUCCAGCCAGAAGCCUCUGCCCUUCUCCUAUCCACCUUCCUCCACAUGUCCCGCCCUGUCCCCCCCGCCUGGCUCUGGCCUGAUGGUUCAGGGUGUCCUCAUGCUGAUCACCCUGGCCUGGGACACAGGAGCAGACCUGGGGGGGACACCCCCACCCCCUGCUGUGUGUGGCUAGUUGUGCUUUGGGGAAAGUUGAGGGUUUAAUAAAUUUUUGGUGCUCUGGC